UCUAUCUAGCUGCUCUGCUCGAUCAGCUCCUCUCUCUCUCUCACUCUCACACAACACACUCUUAAGCAGCAAGCAAACCAAUCAACUACUCACUCAUAUCUGGCUAGCUAGCUACGAUGCGAGCCCUCGGCGAGAGUUGCUGCUAGCUGCGACCACCACAGCCCCACUCCGGCAUCGAUGACGACGACGACGGCGGCCUCUUCCGACGAACCGCGCCGCCGCGCUCCGCCGUCGUCGCCCGGGGAGCGACCCUCCACCGCCAGCUGCCAGGUGUGUCGACGGGAUGACCCGCCAGAGGCGGAGGAGCACCCGCGGCGGCCCGGGGAGCCCGACUGCAGCUACUACGUCAAGUUCGGGAGCUGCAAGUUUGGGAUGAGCUGCGUGUACAACCACCCGGCUCCUCCUCCUCCCAGCAAGCACCACCCGCUGCGCCCCGGGGAGCCGGAUUGCCUCCACUACCUAAUGUUCGGGAGAUGCAAGUACGGGAUGGACUGCAAGUUCAACCACCCUCCCGGCCUCACGCCCCUGCAACAGUAUUUUUCGGGGAGAACGUGCCAGUGCCACCACAACGAAGGAAAAAGUGAAGCUGAGCAUGUAAAGCUGAACAAUCUCGGGCUUCCACUUCGUCCUGGGGCAGGAUUGUGCUCAUACUACAUGAAUCGGGGAAUUUGCAAAGUUGGCACUAACUGCAAGUUUCACCAUCCAGAUCAAGAACCGGAUCAUGUGAAGUUGGUCCCUUCACGUCAUGACAAUCAAGUAACCUUUCAAGCGAACAUUUACUCAGUGCUUGACCUUGAAGAAUCAAAUGAGCUAUGUGAAGAUGUUAAACAGCCCGCUGAGAGAAUCUGUUACACACGGGAUCAACUUAUCCAACUGAGUGAGACGGUCGAUGUACCUACGGAUCACAUCUUGGAACUUAUUCACCAUAUUAAUGUAGAACUUGGAGGCGAAGAUGAAAGUCGGGUUCCAAAUGAAACAAACCAUGUACAAAUCCCAUCGUAUAAACGCUUUGAUAAGAUAGACAACCGUGACUGGAGAUCACGGUCUAUACAAACUCCUGUGGUUGCUAGCCAAGACAAGUUUUGGGACAAUAUCCAUGAAGGAAAUGAAGCCUAUGCUCUAGGUUGGAAGCAAGAGCAAUCAAACAAGCAUGACCAAUUAAGCACCCACUCUGAUUCUAAAGAACAGGUUGGCCCCACCUCAGCUCUUUCUAAUGUUGAAGUCCCUUGGUCAAUCCGGAGAGGCAAUCCAACUGAGAAGCAUGGAGUCCAGGAAACAGUGAAAGGUGUACUGAACAUAUUGACACCAGAGAACUUCGAUCAUCUGAAGGACCAGUUAAUAGUAGCAGGAAUCGCCAGAGCCGAUAUAUUAGAGGAUAUUAUCAAUCUUAUAUUACAAAAGGUUGUUGCUGAGCCAAACUUCUGUCCGAUGUAUGCCCAACUCUUCUCUUAUAUAAAUAAACACCUCACAGCAUUCCCUCCUGAUGGUGAACAAAUUACGUUCAAACAAGCACUGUCCAAAAAAUUUGAAGAAGCAUUUGAAAUUGCUCGCACUGCACGGGCUGAUAUCAACAAAAUGACUGGACCAGACCAAGAGAUGGAGCGACGUGAUAAAGAAAGGCUACUGAAACUUCAAACACUUGGAAAUAUUCGCCUCAUUCGCGAUCUGCUGAAGCAAAAAAUGGUCACUGAUAAGAUAGCAUAUCACAUUGUUAAGGCAGUGAUGGAUUCUGGAAAAUUUGUCUUUGAACCAAUUGAGAAUAUUGAUUUACUGUAUAUAAUCUUCGAAGGCAUUCUGGGUUCAGUUUCAGCAGGAACUGAAGCUGAUAUUGCUGUCAAUGCUAUUGUUACUAGCAAGAAAUGCUCCAUUAUUGCAAAUGAUGUCGAGAUCACUGAUAAGGGCAUCGAUAGGCCAAAUGAGGAGGCAACAUUACGAAAAUCUUCUAAUGAAAUCGCAGAAAACUCGAUGGAUUUCGCCCAUGCAGUAUGCAGUCAUCUUGGAAAUGAAAAUAAUAAACCGAAUAACUCAGAAACAUCUGUGAGAAUCAGUCAUCUUGGAAAUGAAAAUGAUAAGUCGACAAACUCAGAAACAUCUGUGAGAUUCAAUCCAGUAGGAUGCGGUAUUUCUGAGAUCAUGGAAUUAGUUGUUGAUGCUGGGGCUCAGGAAGGGAUCAGUGAUGAGCAUUUCAUUGCUACCCUAUUAUUUAUUAAACCUGAAUAUAGGGGAAUUUUCUUAUCCAGUACCCCUCAAGGAAGACUUGGUUGGCUAAAAAGGAUGUGUUGCAAGCGAUGGAAUAAGUAUUGUAUCUUAGUUCAAGUGCCUUAGCUAUAUUGUCUAAUAUAUAAAAACGGUGUGCUUACUCAUUGGACCAUUUAAACAUGAUGUAGAGUGUAAUGCUACUUAAUUUUAUUAAUUUGGUGUGUUUAUAGGAUUUUGUUACAAUGCUCCAAACUUGUUUAGACCAUCCAUUACAUGUUAAUCCAAUGGAUAGUAUUAGCAUUACCUCAUUGGAGGUAAUAGAACAUUAAAAAGGAAAGAGACAAUUAU